AUGCAGACGGCAACGACAUCAAACUGGAACCAGACUAUUUUCCUACGGCUGCAAGAACGCGAUGCUCUUGAGAAGCAGCAUGACGCCGUUUUCCUCCAAUAUCGCAAGCUUGCAGAGCAGACUCGAUUACUCAAGCAGCGCAACCGCGCGCUUCUGAACGCGGCAGCCGCAGUACCAUCAGCGUCCACUGCUGGCGCUUCCAGCUCAGCGAAAGGUGCACCUUCGUCCACCACUGCAGCGAACCCAGUGCAGCUCGCAUACAUCGCCUCUCUCGAGCAACAGCUCUCUGGCUUGCGUGACGAGGUCGCACUCUUAUACAAGAACCAAGGUCAGAAUGCGCAGCGCCUUUUGCUCAUGAGUGAAUCUCACCGCGAAAAGGAGGAGGAAGCUCGUCGACAAUCUGAAAUCUUGGCCAAGCUCCAGCUAGACCACGAAAAGCUCAAACGCCAAGCCGACGACCUUGGCCAUGCCGUCGGAGAGAAAGACAGGGGCAUUCAAAUAUUGCAGGAUGAGCUGGCGACGCUCAGUCUGGAGCUAAGCCAGAUUGAGGCGAGAAACCAAGAUCUGAAGAAGGACAAUGCCAGUCUCCUGCAGCGCUGGCUGGAUCGUAUGAACGAAGAGGCGGACAAGAUGAACGAAGGCACCAUCUGGCUCGAAGAGGUGCGAAAGAGAAGGGAAAGCUCGACGCAGCCCGAAGGGAAAGCGGCAGCUGCUGGCACUGCGGCUGCCUCCCAGGCUUCAUCGGUUGCUAAGUCGUAA